AUUGUAAAUGAUGGAUAGCGCUAUAUUUGCAUUAUCUUCCUUAUGGGGUAUCUGAGUGACCGUAGAAAAAAGUUGGUUGAGCAGGUUUUAGAGUGGAAUUCUAGUAGGUUGGAUUUAUUUGAACUUACGAUCCCCGAUGAAAAAUGUGAGUUCAAUGGGGUCAUGCGGUUUUUUCUUCAGGAUGAAAAUAGGAAAUUCCGGACAAAGUGCAUUAGAGUCUCAAGUUCGUCCAGAACUUCUGAAGUUGCGGAAGUAUUGAAAGAAAAGUUUUGCAUCCAGGAACCGUCUGUCAUGAACAAACGUUUCGGGAUUUACGAGCAUCAUCCAAACGGAGUUAGACGACUGACGAACGAUGAAUAUCCUUUGUUAGUCCAACUCAGUUGGAGUAAAUUAGGUCGAGAAGGAAAGUUUGUUUUAAAGCUGGAACCUAACAGUGGACAUAUUCAGAAAAAUGUUUCAGAAAUUCAAAAUGGAACAAAUUUACUUAAUGAUCCAAAUAAUAAUAGUAAUGUUUGUGGAUCAGUAAUCAACUCUAAAACUCGUCUAUUUCCACGUCUCUGGUCUUUUCGACGUGAAAAGAUCACUUCACCUAUGACUGUAAAAACGGAUGAAAGACGUAAACAACCAUUAGGUUGUGCAGCAGGUGUAGGAUUGUCGAAAACUUCUCGUUCCAUUUUUAAUACUGAAAAUUCAUUGAUAUGUUUACUAGGAUCAAUUAAACAUCAUGGAAGUGGCGAUAAUAUUAUCCAUCGUAAUAAUAACAAUAAAAAUUCAAUUUCACCGAAUCCUGACACUCUACCAAAUUCAUCAUUUACACGUACAAUAUCGGAUCCGGAGACAGCGAUGCAACAAAAACGUCAACGUACAUUAGAAGCUAAAUUUAUGCAAAUGUUACAUCAUGAUAAUAUUGGAUCAGGUGGAACGUUGAAAAUCUACGGUGGUCAAUUAUUUCCUGAAAUACCGUAUAAAACAUUAUUAAUAUCAAUUACAGACAAUGUUGGAUAUAUUAUACGUGAAAGUUUAAAUAAAUAUGGUUUAGACGAAGUUGAUCCAGAUGCAUAUUGUUUAGUUAUGCGUAAACGUAAUUCUCAUGAUAUAUUGACUGGAUUAGUUGGUGUCGAAGAAAUACUCUCAGAUGAUUUAUGUCCAUUAGAAUAUUUAUUGACUUCACUGUCAACAAACAAUCCAUCAUCAUCGUCAUCAACAGUAGUUGGGACGAAAUCCUUUGGUAAUACAGUGAUCACUUUUGAAUUACGUGCAAAACCCCCUGAUUUGAUUAAGAAAAAACUAUUAAUCGAUUCGCCUGUCUCAUCAUCAUCUUCGUCGAAUCGAAUAGUGGAAUCAUCCAACCACUUCAUAUCAUCUUCAUUAUGUAAUAAUCAUAUGAAUAAAAAGCUAAUGAUAAAUAAAAUUGAUCAUAGUGAAUUGAUAAUGCUCACAAUUUGGUUAAUUGAAUUGGACAAAGUCGAUAAUGAAUCAGACCAAUCAUCAUUAUAUUUAUCUAAUAUUCCACAAGAGAAAGUCUAUCCACUACCUAUUCAUAAAGGGACACAUAAUUUUUUAAAUAGACUAUGCCUUAUGGCUAAUCCAAAUUCUAUUUGUCAUUCAACAUCAUCAUUUACUUCAACAUCUGAAGCAGUUUGUAACGAUUCAACUUGUUUCUCAUUGAAAGUUAUCAAUACUGCCGAAUUAAACGUUCCACAACAUCAAAAGGAUCAUCAGAAUGAUCUUGAUCUUCAUUCAAAUAUGAAUCUAGCGAAUAGUAAAACUGAAAAUAUCAUCACUACUCCUACUAUUACUACCACUACUGCACGUGUUAAUCAUAAACCACAUUCCUUUGAUAGCUGUUUUACAGUAGACAAUAAGUCUGCGACUUAUACCUAUUCUGUCAAUGAUGGUAAUAACAAGAAUAACAACUGUCCAUCUCCACAAUUAUUUGAUCAUGACAAUAACAAUACAAUACCAUCAACAAAUCUAAAAUCUACUAAUGUUCUUAUAGAUUCUGGAUCAUCAAAUCUUGUUAAUACAAUUUAUUCUGUAAUAACAAAAACUGAUCCACCUAUUCAUAACAACAAGCCUGGUUCAACUUGUCCGAAAACCUCCGUUUCUGAUCGUUUACCUUGUCAAAUGGCAUUUGCUCCUACAACUUUGGAACAAUUACUAGAUUGGAUUAUUACUAAGCAAUUAAAAUUUGUACACCAGCUAAGAAACUCUCAUCAUCAUACGACUACUACCACUACUACAAAUAAUAAUAAUCGAUCCGAUGUAACUAUUGAUCUGUGUCCUCUAGGUCCAGCUAUGUGUGUUUAUUUAAUGCUACGAGCUAUAUGUCGGCAAUGUGAUCGUUGGGAAACAAUUGAGUUGAAACAGUUGGCAAAAAACGCGGAUCGUAAAGUAGAUACUAAUAAAACAACCAAGGGAAAAAACCAUUUAUUAAAAAAAAAUACUAAUAAUGGUGAGUUGGCCUUAAAUCAGCUCAAACGUAGACAACGCCAUUUGCUGAGUCUAUUAAUGAGUGUUAUUAAAAGAUUUCAUGAUUUUGAAUUGUAUGUGCAUGAAUCCAUAAAAAGAAUUGAUUUAAACUACUCAGAUAUAGAAAUUGAACGCAACUAUUCAACAACAACAACGAAAUCAUUGCCGCCACCUUUGUUGAGUGAUGUAGACCGAAAAUUUAUCGAUCUGAUAAAAUCUGUCACAGCUUGGUUAGCUAAUGCUAGUCAGUUACUUCAUCUAAUAACUUGCGAUAUUGAUUUCAAUGCAACUUUCAAGUUUCCUGUUGAUGAGCUGUGUCAAUGGAGUCCUUAUUCAUUCGGUCAUGAUGAUAAUAAUACUGUUAAAUCGUCAAAUAUUACUACUACUACUUCAUGGAAUCAGUUGAAAGAACAAUUGGCUGAAAUCGUCCAAACUGCGUUUGUCUAUUUAGCUGACCUUUGUGUACUUCGAUUAGAUUUAAUUGCGAUACCACAAUUAUUAUUGUAUUUAACUAAAUCUGUACAAAUUUUAUCAAAUCAUCAUUAUGAGAACUGCAUGACUGAUAGUAACACAUCAAAAGACUCCUGUUUUCCCGAUCAACAAUCGCUGGAUAAUAAUAUUAAUAGUUCUGUUGAAAUAAAUGAAAGAGCAUGGAUCAACUCGAAUAGUCAUUGUUCAGAAAAGCAACAACAGUAUAGUAAAGUGUUGAAUAGUCAACAUAAUAUAACACUGAAAAUACUUAGUGAAAUAUUAAAUUGUCUUCAUUCAGCUUAUGUGAACCCAGCUUUCAUUGUUCAAUUGUUUGCACAUUUAUUACAUCGUUUAAAUGCACGACUAUUCAAUUUUAUCAUUGGCUAUGAUUGUGAGAAAAAUCAAUUAAUUAAUAAUUCCACUCAUAUCUCACCUAUAUGGGGUAAAUGCUUAUAUAAUUGGAUUCAUUUAUGUUUAAGUGAUUGGGCUAGUGCACAUGGGUUAAGAUUAGCUACGGAAUGUUACUUACAAAGAAUAAGUCAGGCUGCUGAUCUAAUGCUGUGUGAUAUGAAUUCAGUUGAAAGCUUAUAUAAUUUAACUGUGGAUCUAGUCAGUUUGAACUCACGUCAAGUUCAAAUUAUCUUAGAAAAUUAUCAGUUAAUAAAUGCAAAUAAUGAAACCGCUGAAUUGAUUCAAAACAGUCAGUCAUCGGGCACUAUAACAAUGGACGAAUCUAAUUUAACACAACAACAACAAAUUCCAAGAGCUUGGAUUGAAUUUGUUGUUUCAGGUGUAAAAAUGGUUGCAGAUCGUAUUCUAACUGAAGAGAAUGGGUGCCAUUUAACAACUAAUGAUGAAUUCGAUGGAGCAUCAGAAAACCCUACCAAAUCGUCGUCGUCAUCAUCGAGACAUUUAGAAGUCGGUGAAUCAUUAGAUCUUCGCCUACCGUUUUUGCUUCCUGAAGAUUGUUAUCCAUCUGAUAAUCCUGUACCGAUUAAUAAUAACCAUGCCAAUCAUAAUGAAUCAAUUAUCAGCUAUGAAGAUGAUGGUGGCAUCUAUAGUCAAAGUAAUUCUUUCAAGCACCAAUUAUCAUCUAGUAAUGAAACAUUAAACACAACUUUUAUCACAGUUGAUUCAAUUAAACAGUUUUUAUAUCCUGCUAUACAAAUUGGUUGGUGUCGUUUAUUAAUACGACCUAAUAUUUAUCCUACAAAUGAUUUUUUAUUCGAUGAAAAAAUAAGUGUAAAUCACAGUCCACGAAAACAAUUUUUACUAUGGAAUGUUUACUUAUCAAUUGAUUCGAAAAUACCUGUUAAUUGUAAUGACCGUGGAAAAGAUAAUAUUGACGUCACCAGAUUGAAUAAACAUUUGGUGGUGGUUUCUAAUGGGUUCACUACUGAAGAAAAAAUCAAGUGUAAAACUGAAAAUGCUACAACAUACUCAAAUAACACUAGUAUUAUUGAUAAUAAUAACAAAAAUAGCAGUGAGUUAGUUAAAAAUCAUUCCCUACUGUCAUCAUCACUUAAUCGACAAUGCAGUCGUCAUUGUACUUAUUCAGUCGUUGUACCUAAAAUUGGCUCAAGUUUAGGUCUUAGCAUUGUUGCUGCCAUAUCUGAAAAUGGUGAAGAUCUUGGCAUAUAUGUACGUGGAAUUAAUCCAGGAAGUGGGGCUAGUCAAGCAAAACUAAUUCAUUGUAAUAAUCAUGAAAUAAAUCCAUUACAAUCUGAUAAAUAUUUUUUAACUUCACCAUAUUUGCAAAUUGGUGAUAGACUAAUUUCAGUAAAUGGUCAAUCAAUCACUGGACUAACACAAGAUGAUGCAUUAAAAUUGGUGGCAUCUACCACAGAUGAAGUGGUAUUAACUGUAAUACGUUAUGCUAAACAAGACGCAGAGUAUAGUACAUCAACACUUAUAACAGCGACAAAAUCAUUUUCGAAACAACCAUCAUCACAGUUAACUUCAAUGGUUGAUUCGGAGAGUAAAGUGUCUGAUUUACAAUGUAUUGAUUGUUUAUUACAUGAAUCUUUGUUAUCGAAUUAUAAAGAGUUUGUAAAAGGUGAUAAUAAUCUUGGUGAUAGUGAUGAUGAACAAUUAUUAAACAUAUCCAUCAAUCAGGAAUUAACGCUAAGAUCACUUAUUCAGUCAAGAAACGAUACUGAAAAUAAUAAUGAUUCAAGUGUUACACCAUUAAAACACUUUCAAUCACCAAAAUCAAUAUAUAUCAACAACGCUUCUUCACAUACAUCUCCUGAUGUUCACAUUGAUAUGAAAUUAAGCAUCGACACGAAUUGUUCCAAUAUUUUUAAAAGUAUUCAUUCAGAUCAUAAUAGAAAAUGGAAAUAUCAAAGUACUACCAUUUGUCAAACUAUUAAUAAUAACGAUGUUGAUAAAAUUUCAGAUGGUUUCACUAAUAUGUCAAAUGACUAUAAUUUAUUGUACAAAAACCGUUCAGCAUCCACAAAUGAACGACAAUGUCGACUGUUUAUUGAUGCAUCAGCUUGUACCGGUAAUAAUAAUAUCUAUGAUGAACCAUCCAUAUCAAAAUAUAGUUUGUGUAAUGAAAGUUUUUUAUCAACAUCCAAACUAGAAAAAUCUGGAAUGAGAAAAUUAUCUCCCCAUACUACCAUUUAUCAACAUCAUCAUAAGACUAAUAUUAUUAAUCGUGGCAAUUUUGAACAAAAUACUUUCCUUACAAGAUCAUGGCAUCGACCUAAAGGUCAAUCGAACAGUUUCGAUGAUCGUUUAACUAUAUCUCGGUUUACUCAGCUGAGUGAGGUUAUGACAACAAGUCCAGUAGCAUCCAGUGAUACUCAAUCAAUUCAUCAUAAAGAAUCAGUAUCUUCAACAUUGUUGAUUAAUUCAAGUUCAGCCCACUCUCCAUCCACCAUUUUAUCUGUUCAGUCGCCAGCAAAUCAAUCUUUUAUGGUCGCAAUAGAUACUGCUACUUCGAAUGAAUUCAUUCAUACUUCAUCUCUAUCAUCAUCAACACAUACAUCAGGAUCGAUGAAUUGGUUAGAGAACAAUAAUCGCCUCAUUUAUUCAACAUUGGAUACACAAUUGAAUCGAAAUACUUCAAAUUGUAGAUCAUCAUCAGCCAGUUCUUAUUAUCCUUCAAAUAAUUAUCAUACUAUCUCUACGACAUCUUUUUCAUCACCUGGCAUUUCUUCAUCUCAUACUUCACAAUUUUUUAUUUCUCCAGUGCUUAGCAGUGGAAGUAAACCACCGAAAACAUUUGUUCCAACAGCAUGCGUGUUACCCUCCACUAAUCAUCGCAAUCCUUCACUUAGUGUACCAUUUUUAACAAUUAAAACUCCCAGCUCUGAGAGAUGCUCAUUCAUCAGCAUAAAGAUCUGACAAUCUCCAAAACCCCCCAACCUACUGAUAUUACUUUGCGAACCCAAUUAUAAAAAUAAGACUUUUGCAACUUAUAGACAAGAUUUCAAUCCUUUCUCUCAAGGUCCAAAGUAUGCCUGGAGGGAAUCGUACAGAGAUGAGUAUGUUAUCAAUUUUGCUAUUUACCAAAUAAAAUUAGUUUCUUGUAAAUCCAAACAACCCUUAAAACUCAUAGUCUACUGUAUCAUUUACAAAGGUAUCAGUAGCUCUUAAAAUUCUGUUGAAAUGAAGGUUGUUCACACUUGUUUCAGUGUUAUGUUCUGAACGUGCAUGUAAAUUUCAUCUUACAAGGGUUGUAUGGAAUAUAUAUGUACACAUGUUUUUAUUUACUGGCUUGUUUUGAUUACUUCCUCCCGAUUGGGCAUUUUGAUUUGUUUAGAUAAAUUUAAUGUAAAUCUUGUCACCGGGUAAUGUCUAUCUGACUGUUUGACAAGCGUUUGAUAUUCGCAGAGUCCAUCAUUCCUUUAAAGAUUGCGGACACAUAUUGUUGCUGACUGCCAACUGGCACGAAACUUAGGUCAAGGACUUACUGCAGGUUAUCACGAUUACCAUCAUUAUUCAGCACAAUGCUUACAUAUUAUCAAGCUACCUAAACAAAUCAACGGAAUCUAUCACUCCUCAUUGAUAUAUUUCAACGCUUUUUUUUCUCCGGAUUAUAUUUUCAGGUUUUCGAAUUCACAGAAUAAAAAGUCACGACCUUCGCGAUCAAUGAAUGAUUUAAUGGCUAAAUCAUCUUUAGGCAUUCAUCAAUCAAAGGAAAAUGAUAUGACUUCUUUGAAUACCUUGAAUAAACAAACAGGAUAUUCUAUUCGUCGAAGAUAUACAACAUACGCUGCGAAUCGUUUCAAUGUUGGUCUGAGACCAGAACCUCUAAAUAGACCACUUGCUAAGGAAAACCAGUUCACUUGAUUAUAUGUAUAGAGAAUAGGAAAACAGCACGACAGAUUAUUUUAAAUUUAUUUGAGAAAAUCUUAGAACAUGUUGUCAAUUCUCUCAGUCUAUCUUCAACUGAACUCGUAUUAUAACGAUUGUUAUUCUUUGUACGAAUAUACUUGAUCACUUAUAAAUGUAAAUUAAUUUCAGUC